AUGUUUCUCGUACUUACUGCUUUUUUGCCAGUAUUUUUCAAAAUUGAUUUUGUUAGCCUCUCAGCUUUACAGCACUGGAACUGUCCCAGGGGAUACCGAUUGGGGAAUGAAAACUCCACUUGUAUAGAUAUUGAUGAAUGCCUUGAAGGUGGUCUAGGUACCUGUGGCCAAACCUGUGUCAAUGUUCCAGGGUCCUAUCUGUGCUCCUGUUUGCCUGGCUACACUCUGGAUAAUGACAAGUGGUCCUGUUAUGCUGAUGAUCCUGCACCAUUCCUAAUUUUUAGCCAUGGAAAUGCCAUCUUUAGAAUUGACGGAGAGGGGACCAAUCACGAACGGCUAGUUGCCAAUGCUGGCGUAUCAGUGCUCAUAGAUUUUCAUUACAAAGAAGAGAAAAUGUAUUGGGUGGACUCUGAAAAAGGGCUUCUGCAACGAGUGUACCUGAACGGCACAAAACAAGAGAGACUACGCUAUGUUGAAAAAGGUGUUGCAGGGUUUGCCAUCAACUGGAUAAAUCAAAAUAUUCUUUGGGCCAACCACCAGAAAGCAACUAUUGAAGCAACUGACAUGAAUGGAAACAAUUCCCGAGUCCUUUUAAAGGACGUAGGUCAUCCCACAAGUAUUGCUGUUGACCCUGGGAAAAGGUUUGUAUUUUGGUCUUCAGACGGUGCUCUUUCCAGCGUUCACAGAGCAAUCCUUGAUGGAACUGACAUGAGAAGUGUUUUCAGGACCACAGAAAAAAUAAAGACCAUCUCACUGGAUUUUAUUGACACAAGACUCUUUUGGAUCCAGUAUGAUAGUGAGGAAGAUGUUUCACGCAUUGGAUCAUGUGACUAUAAUGGUGGCUCUAUUCAUUUGCCCAAACAUUCUGCCCAACACCGUUUAUUUGGCAUAUCUCUGUUUGCUGAGCACUUCUACUAUCCAGACCCGAAAACUGACACGAUCCGGAGAGCCAGUAAAUUUACAGGAAAGAUUAUAGUCACAAUCAGCCUGAAACCAUCAUUUUUGCCACCUGCUGAAAUAAAAGUGGUGCAUCCAUUUAAACAGCCUGGUGCAAGAACAGAUGCUCGAGAUUUUGAACACAGAUCCUGCCAUCUGAACAAAGAAAACUGCAAGAGAAGCAUCUGCAGGGAUGACUCCAAGACCCAUCGGUGCAAGUGUUCGAAUGGAUUUGUUUUGAGUAGAAAUAGGCAAUACUGUGAAGAUGUCAAUGAAUGUGCUUUUUGGAACCAUGGCUGUACUCUGGGAUGUGUAAAUAUCCCUGGCUCCUAUUACUGUACAUGCCCACGAGGUUAUAUUCUGCUGCCUGAUAGAAAAACAUGUCAUGAGCUCAUUUCCUGUGCAAAUAAUCACACUGAAUGCAGCCAUGGUUGUCUUGAAACAUCUAGAGGGCCUGUUUGCUUCUGUCCAGAGGGAUCAGUGCUCAGAGGAGAUGGCAAAACGUGCUCAGGUUGUACAUCUCUGGAUAAUGGUGGAUGUAGCCAGAUUUGUACCUCUUUAACUCCAUCUUCCUGGGAGUGUGGUUGUUUUCCUGGAUAUAAGCUGCAGGGGGAUAAAAGACACUGCACUGCUAUAGGCCCCAGGCCAUUUUUGUUGUUUGCAAACGGCCAGGACAUCCGCCGCAUCAGUUUUGAUGGAACAGAUUACACAAGUUUACUCGACUGGCAGAUGGGAAUGGUUUUAGCACUGGACUAUGACCCAGUUGAAAGUAAGAUUUAUUUUGCACACACAGCCUUGAAGUGGAUAGAACGAGCUGAUCUGGAUGGCUCAAAUCGUGAAAAAAUUAUUUGUGAAGCUAUAGAUAUACCUGAAGGUCUUGCUGUGGACUGGAUUAACCGUAAAUUGUAUUGGACAGACAGAGGGAAGUCGUACAUUGGGAGGAGUGAGUUGAACGGAAUGCACAGAGAAAUGAUCAUCAAGGAGGACAUCUUCCAGCCCCGAGGGAUUGCUGUUCACCCACUAGCUAAGAGAUUAUUCUGGACCGACUUGGGGGUCAACCCACGGAUCGAAAGUGCUUCCCUACAAGGCAUUGAUCGUCUGGUUAUAGCUAGCACUGACCUGGUUUGGCCCAGUGGAAUUUCUGUCGACUGCUUAGCUGACAAGUUGUACUGGUGUGAUGCUAAAAAGUCUGUUAUUGAAACUGCAAAUCUGGAUGGUUCUAAACGCCGAAUACUUACACAGAAUGAUGUAGGCCAUCCAUUUGAUGUAGCAGUAUUUGAGGAUCACAUUUGGUUCUCUGACUGGGAUAAGCCUUCAUUAACAAGGGUGGACAAGAAGACUGGCCAAAACAGGGUACGUCUCCGAGGCAGCAUGCUGAGACCCUCAUCAGUGAUUGUAGUUCAUCCUUUGGCGAAACCAGGGGCAGAUCCCUGCCUUCAUGAGAAUGGAGGCUGUGAUCAGAUCUGUGAAGACAGAUUUGGAGUUGCCCAUUGCUCAUGUCACAAAGGCUUUAUGAAAACCCAAAAUGGAAAAACCUGUCAGGCUCUGAAUAUUCCUGAGACAGCAGCAGGGGGUAUCUCUUUACACAAGAAGGCAGCACCACAAAAUAAAACAGCAACACUGGAAACCUUAUACCAAAGGCCACUGAAUAGUGGGACAUAUGGGGAUACUAACAAUGGGGAGGAGCUACAGACUCAACACUUGUUGAUGGCUGAAAUCAUGGUGUCUGAUCGAGAUGACUGUGCUGUGUUAGAAUGCAAUGUCAACGCCCAGUGUGUUCCCCUGGAAGAUGGUGCUGUGUGUCAGUGUUUGAAAGGAUUUACCAGGGAGGGUAAAUCAUGCUAUGAUGUUGAUGAGUGUGCUCUUAACGUGGACCGCUGUAAUCGACACCUAUCGGACUGUAUCAAUACUGAAGGUGGCUAUGUCUGCAAGUGUCUGGAGGGCUACCGUGGAGAUGGGCUUCAUUGUUACGAUAUCGAUGAAUGCAAGCUGGGGACACACACAUGUGGAGAAAACACUGUCUGCACCAAUACUGAAGGAAACUACACUUGCACUUGCAUUAAUGGUCUAUCUGGAACUGGGGACAACUGUACUGAAUCUGCUAUGCCUUCUACCACGAGCACCAGUGGUGACAACAUUUCCUCUGAACAAGAUGGUUUUAUGGGCUGCCCUCCUUCAUACGAGUCCUACUGUCUUCAUGGCGGAGUUUGUAUUUAUGUUUCAAUUCUACAAGACUAUGCGUGCACCUGUGUGACUGGUUACGUGGGGGAGCGCUGUCAGUUCAGCGACUUGGAAUGGUGGGAACAGCAGCAUGUGGAGCAAAUAAAGAAGCGGAACGUCACAAUUGCAGUUUGUAUAGUUGUGCUGAUCCUGCUGCUCCUCCUGGGAUCUCUUGCUGCUUACUGUUACAGAAGUCAGAACUUUUAUAAGAAGAAUCCAUAUGCAGAAGCGAUAAGAAAUGCCAGCAGCAGCAGCAGUGCCGACAGUGAGAACGUGACACCUACUAGCAAUAAGUCUCGGUUCAUUGUUGUGAUGGCACGUAACAGUCACAGGGAAGGCAGAGCUGUCAAUCUAAUGGACUGUGAGACGACCGAUCACGGUCACCCCUGCCCUUCGGAGUCCGCAGUCAGUCAGCCUCAGCCUGCAACAAACAACAAAGCAGCACAGAUGCUAGCAGAAGAGGAGAGAGAGCAGGGCUGCCGGCAACAUCUUCUCAAUGGUAGGAAGCCUCAGCUUGGUGAAGCAGAGAAGAGCCCUCACCAGCUUCAGUGGAGCACCAGCCCCAUUACGAUGUUGGAAAGUGACCUUCACUCCCCAGCACCAUCCAGCCUGUUAAUGCAGCCCGAUUAA